AUGAGAGUCAACACUUCGAGAGCCAGAAAGCCGGCAGCCGAACCACAGCCAGAGCCUUUCGCAGAGGGAGAGGAGUCGUCAGGCGAGCCAGAUUGCUCUGGAGAUUUCUGGGGUGAUGAAGGUGAUGACAAGGCGACCGUGGCAACAAACGAGGAAGGCACUUUGUGGAAGCCGGGUGAAGGCUCGGAGUCCGAGAAUGAACGUGCCGAGGAUCCCUUUGCCGGCCCGGAGGAUGUGCCACGGCCUUCAAGUGACGCGUCAAGCUCCGGCGAGGAGGAUGCUCGAUCCCAGGCGACAGGGGUUCCUGGAGGCUUUGAGGAGCGCAUGGCAGCGAGCCCUGUGCCCGCUGGACCUGUGCUUGUGGCACCGACUCGCAAGAAGAAGCACGCGAAGUCGAGCCCGAAGAGCUUGACGACGACGCCGAAAAGCACUUCGUCUAAGGCAAGCAAGAGCAGCAAGCGCAACGCCGAGCCGACGGAGGAAGAGGUGGUGGAGUCGUUUUUGCCGCAGUACCGAGAACUCUUGGAGCUGCUACCCCACUGUUUGUUUCCACGUUCCACAAAGCACGGGGCGCACAGCUUCACCCAGCCUCUCGGCUGUAUAAUUGGAUAG